GUUCAGUAUAACGCUGGUAAGCCCGCUUCCUCAGCGUUCGAAAAUUCGGAGGAUUCGAAAAACACUGGCGAGGUCCUACCACCACCUACCUGCGACAAAGAGACUGUUACGGACUGGUUCCCCUUUAAUGGAUAACCAAACUUUCCAAAAACAUAACUCAGUUUAAUCUCGCCUUCUGCAUGGAUAGUGGCUCCCCACUUUAAUGUGAGGGGUUCGGUGCGCUUGGAAAAGCGGGCGAUCGUUCUGACUCUAGCCUGAGAUCAUGCCCUCUCCCUAUUAUCCCUUUAUGUCUCUCACGGGAAGAGGGCAUGAUACAUUUCUUUGUCGGAUCACAUGUAAAAAUGCCAGAAUCUGGACUUUUUUCUGAUUGGAUAGGAAACAAUGCGGAUGAUUUGCGCUGUUCCGAUUGGCCAAAAUGACGCCAUCCGUUAGUUGUUGUUGAUUUCAGUCUGCAUUUUUGCUUGCGUAAUAAGCAGUGAAUACACAUGCGAGUUCGUUAUAAAUGAAAUUUCUGCCCGCUCAGUUUUCUUGAAUUUGAAGAAUGCCUGAAUAGAAGUUUCAUCCAUUGAAAUAUUGACCAGCUCAUCGUAUACCAAAACAGUUGCAGUUAAAACUUCACCGAUCAUUUGAAUGCAAUUUGAUACCGGCAACAAGUUACAGAAGCGACAAACGGGUUCACUUUUCAAAUAAUCAAUUCAUGAAUGGAAUCUUGACCUGGUUUGACUGUAUUUCCUCCUUCAGAAAUCAUGCUGCGAAUUAUCCUGAGCGAUCUUCGCUUUCACAACACCUUUCAGUUCGUGAAAUAUGGUGCUUCAGCCUAAUUUUUUUUCCACUGCUUUCGUAGUACAGAACGAAGUCAACGAGCUUUAACCAGUAAAUUCUUUGUUAUUUGUAGCUAUUCACAAAGGUACGACAGCUCCAGAGUAUUUCAUCACAAAAACAACACAUUAAUUUUUUUUUAUUAUUUUUUGCGAAGCGCCAUCUGAACACGGACGUACUUAAAAAAUUUUUUUUCCCCUAAAACUGAUCAUGAUUUCAAAAGAGACAUUAUUCGCGCCAAAAUUUGAUUCCCGUUUGGUAAACGCUUAUUGGCUAAAAACAUGACAGGUCAAGCAAACGGUAGAUCAUGUAAAUUAGGGGGCGGUUGACUGCUUGUUAAAUAAAUGUAUCAGGCGUUAUUUUUUUUCCCUCUCGAGCCAAAGAAGCAAAAAAAAAAAAAAAAAAGACGCCUGAUCUCAGGUUAUUCUGACUCCGGCAGGCACCUUGGACGUAAUCUGAAAAGCGGUGGUAAUUUUUUCUUGUGAAGUUUUCUGGUAUCCACUGUUGUAGAAGCCUGACUUUGAGAACUCGGUGGAAAGCUCAACUGAAAACUCAGCUCCAAGUGCCUCAAACCCUGCACUCACAGAAGCCCCGACGGUAAAACUACUUGAAGUUCCCGACUCGACAGAGUAUGUUUGGCUUGAUGUUGCCUCGACUGUUCUUGACUUAGUGAAUGAUUUCUCAGUGGAUCCUCCGGUGUUGUCCAAUUCUACGUCAAAAUCACCGGUAAGAGGUGUCUCUCUUGUAGGGUAG